GAGGAAUGAAGCACCUGGCCAGGACAGAGCAGCAGGAGGACUCUGGCUGACCUGGAGCUGUGGCACCAAGGACGGCUUAGGCAAGCUCAGGCUGGCCAAUCCAGAGCUGUCCAAGCCUCUGGGCUGCAGGCCUCAGGACUGAUCAGAGUCCCUGCACUUGUCCACUCUCAGUCUGUCCGUCUGUCUCAGGCCAUGGCCAAGCUGAUAGGGCUGACCUUUGUGGGGCUGCUGCUGGCCCUCUACAAGAACCACCAGGCUUCCUAUCAAAGAAGAUUAAAUGCUCUCCGUGAAGUAACUCCUGUAGACCUUCCCAACUGCAAUUUAGUUAAAGGAGUCGAAACAGGUGCCGAAGACUUAGAGAUCCUCCCUAAUGGACUGGCUUUCCUAAGUACUGGACUAAAAUAUCCUGGAAUAAAAAGUUUUGAACCUGAUAAGCCUGGAAAAAUACUUCUGAUGGACUUGAAUGAGAAGGACCCAGCAGUGUUGGAAUUAGAAAUUACAGGAAAUAAGUUGGAAAGAUCGUCAUUCAACCCUCAUGGAGUUAGUACAUUCACAGAUGAAGAUAAUGCCGUGUACCUACUGGUGGUAAACCAUCCAGACUCCAAGUCCACCGUGGAGGUGUUUAAAUUUCAAGAAGAGGAAAGAUCACUUUUGCAUCUGAAAACCAUCACACAUGAACUUCUGCCUAGUAUCAAUGAUAUUGUCGCGGUUGGACCUGAGAGCUUUUAUGCCACAAACGAUCACUAUUUUGCUGACCCAUACUUAAAGUCCUGGGAGUUGUACUUGGGUCUGUCAUGGUCCAAUGUUGUUUACUACAGUCCUGAUAAAGUCCAAGUAGUAGCAGAAGGAUUUGAUUUCGCUAAUGGCAUUGGCAUUUCCCCUGAUGGCAAGCAUGUCUAUAUAGCCGAAUUAUUGGCUCACAAGAUUCACGUGUAUGAAAAGCAUGCUAAUUGGACUUUAACUCCAUUGAAGGUCCUCGACUUUGACACCCUUGUGGACAACAUCUCUGUGGAUCCUGUGACAGGGGACCUCUGGGUUGGUUGCCAUCCCAACGGGAUAAGGAUCUUCUUCUACGACUCUGAGAAUCCUCCCGGCUCUGAGAGAGCACGUGGACAGAUGAUCCAGGUUCUCAGAGGUCAAAAGGGCUUGUGGAGGUGUUCUGGUGAGAGUCCAGAAAGGGCACAGGUAGUUCUUUAUUGCUUGGUAUUUUUUUUUUUUUUUUAAAAAGGUGUGAGUCCA